AAUCCUUUGUCAUUAAUCUAUCUGGUUGAGCAAAUAGUUGUAUUCUGAACAACCACUCUGAGUGGGGCCCGCAGCCGACGCUUCAAAAUCACCUAAUAAUAAGCAUCCCAUCUUCCCCGUAAACCCUCCGGUGAACGACAGCGGCGGCGAGGCGGCCGUUUCCGAUUCUCAAAGUUCGCCCCCAAAAUAACCCCCAAUCGAAGCAAAGAACAUAACUUUAACAAUUUUUUUACUUCCAAAUUCAAGGAAUUUGUAGUUAUAAUCCCUCCUACCCUAAUUCUGUCUCUAUUUUAAUCGGAAAGCGAUGGACGAGGUGAUGACGGUUGGGGAUACAUCGGCCGGUGCUCGAUCCUACUCCUUGGAGCCAUCCGUCGUGCCUUCCAACCUCCCUCUUCUCACCGCUUUCCUCGCCUGCGCUAUCGCUCAAUUUCUCAAGCUUUUCACCACUUGGUUUAAGGAGAAGAGAUGGGAUUCAAGAAGGAUGCUAAGCUCCGGUGGAAUGCCGUCCUCGCAUGCCGCCACAGUUACUGCCCUUGCCAUGGCAAUUGGACUGCAAGAUGGAGCUGGGGGAUCAGCUUUUGCUAUUGCAGUGGUUUUGGCUUGUGUUGUAAUGUAUGAUGCCACAGGGGUUAGGCAACAUGCUGGUCGACAAGCUGAAUUGUUAAAUCAAAUUGUUUGUGAAUUGCCUCCUGAACAUCCGGUUGCUAGUGUUAGACCUUUACGGGAUUCUCUUGGCCACACGCCUCUUCAGGUUCUUGCUGGUGCAUUACUUGGAUGUCUAGUUGCAUACCUAAUGAGAAGAUCGAGUUAGGGACAAGCCAUCCGGGAUGCUCUCCAGCACGGUAUCACAUCCUUAGAUGUAAGAAGGCCCCCAAGCAAUUUAGGCUUCGGACA